AUGGCCCUCCCAAGAGCUCUCUCUGAUCAUAAACCUCUUCUGCUGGAGAGUAGGGAAUGGGACACAACACCUUCUUAUUUCAAGUUCGAAAACAUGUGGCUGCAACAAGAAGGUUUCAUUGACAUGGUGAAGGAGUGGUGGCAAAGUUACAUCAUCAGUGGCAGCCCAGAUUUUAUGCUAGUACAAAAAUUGAGAAAUUUAAAAAAGGACAUAAGCAACUGGAACAGAGAUGUCUAUGGCAAAGUGGAAGCAAAAAGGACCAAGGCCUUGGAGGAGCUCUCAAUUUUAGAUCAGACAGCAGAAAACAGAGCUCUAACACAAGCUGAGAAGCAAAUGGUAGUGAACCUGAAAGUGGAGCUAAUGGAAUUGGCUAAAGCUGAAGAAAUCUCAUGGAGGCAAAAAUCAAGAUGCUUGUGGCUCAAAGAAGGAGACAGGAACACAAGAUACUUCCAAACAAUUGCAAACUCACACAGGAGGAACAACAAUAUUGACAAGCUCAAAGUGGAUAAUGAAAUAACAGAUGAUAAGGAUGUGAUCAAAGAAGAGAUUUUGAACUAUUACCAGAUGCUGUACACUGAGAGUGAAACCUGGAGGCCCAGUGCUAAUUUUGAUGAUGUUGCCAGAUUAUCAAGUGAAAACAGGGAGAUGUUAGAAAAAGCUUUUGAGGAAGAAGAAGUGCAUGCCGUUAUCCAGUCAUGCGCUCCAGAUAAAGCACCUGGUCCAGAUGGAUUUACUAUGGCCUUCUUUCAAAAGACAUGGGACUUUAUCAAGCCAGAGGUGAUGGGGGCGCUCAACCACUUUCACCAGCAGUGUUACAUGGUGAGAUCAUGUAAUGCAUCUUUCAUCGCUUUGAUCCCCAAAAAGAAAGGAGCUAAUGCUGCACUGUGGGCCGGGCCCAGCCCGGGACCGGACCGGGACCGCGGUCCAAAUGGGCCAAACGGGCCUGGCCCGGGCCCGGCCCAGAAUACAGCAUUAAAAGGAGCAAUUGAACUCAGAGACUAUAGGCCAAUUAGUCUCAUUGGAAGUGUUUACAAGAUUACAGCGAAGUUACUAGCAGAAAGGCUGAAGAAGGUAAUCAGGAAGCUAGUCUCCAACCAUCAGAAUGCCUUCAUUAAACGUAGACAAAUAACUGAUGCAGCUCCCAUUGCCAAUGAGAAAGGGAUAAGGCAGGGAGAUCCACUCUCACCUUUCCUUUUCAUCCUAGCCAUGGAGGGACUCAGCAAAAUGUUGGAGAAGGCCAGACAAAUGCAAUGGAUCCAGGGUUUCAGCGUUGGUUCAAAUGCUGAGAACACUGUCAAAGUAUCACAUCUACUGUAUGCCGAUGAUACUUUGAUCUUCUGUGAGGCAGAAAGAUCUCAAAUGUUAUACUUGAAUCUGACUCUUCUGCUAUUUGAGGCUUUAUCAGGGCUACAUGUCAACAAGUUGAAAAGCAUCAUCUAUCCGGUAAACAAUGUGCCAAACUUAGAGGAGUUGUCUAGUAUCAUGGGCUGCACUAUUGGAGCACUUCCUACGACCUACCUAGGUCUCCUAUUGGGGGCUAAAUUCAAGAGUUGCGAGGUAUGGAAUGGAGUCAUUGAGAAAUUUGAGAAGAGAUUAGCAUCAUGGCAGAUGCAAUACCUAUCAAUGGGUGGUGCUAAAUCAACUAGACAAGAUCAGGAGGAAUUUCUUAUGGGAGGGGACAGCAGCUCUCAUAAGUUCCACUUGAUAAAGUGGAACAAGGUCAUGCAACCAAAAUUCAAAGGAGGUCUAGGUAUCAGAGACUUAACCAUCCACAACAAAAGCUUGCUAAUGAAAUGGCUAUGGAGAUACGACACAAGCGAUUCAAGCCUCUGGAAGGAGGUAAUCAAUGCCAAGCAUGGGAAGAGAGAUAAUUGGAGCACUAAAAUUGCCAUUGCACCUUAUGGGGUUGGGCCAUGGAAGUACAUCAGCAAACUUGGACAGGAAUUUGUCCAGAAUGUUCACUACAAAGCAGAGAAUGGAGCACAUAUCUAA